GCCACCGAGACAAAAAUCGUCGUCAGAAAUUUAACGACGCAUAUUCGUCUGACUGACCCGCCCGUGCGCCUUCCUCCCGCCUCCCCUUCCACCACCAAGAGUGACGACAGAGAGACAGACAGAGAGAAUGGCGGCGCCAGAUGCCCGGCCCUCGUCAGCCGGUCCACCGCCGGCCCGCUCCCUCCUCCUGCCUCUCCUGCUCGUGCUCCUCCUCGCGGCCUACUCGCUCCCAGCCGACUCAGCAGCGCGCCCGUCCUCCAACUCCAACCCACGGCCUGCCUUCACGCCGCCGCUGCUGAAGCGCCACCAGCUGCGGCGCCCGAGCAGCAGCAGCGCCGAGCUCGUCGCCGGGCCCGCCAACGCGUCGACCAAGCCCUUCACGGCGCACUACUUCCCGCAGCUGCUCGACCACUUCGCCUUCACGCCCAACGCGUCCACGGUCUUCCGCCACAAGUACCUCCUCAACGACACCUUCUGGCGCCGGCCCGGCGCCGGCGCCGGCGACGACGGCCCCGGCCCGCUGUUCGUGUACACGGGCAACGAGGGCGACAUCGAGUGGUUCGCCACCAACACCGGGUUCAUGUUCGACAUCGCGCCCACGUUCGGCGCCCUCCUCGUCUUCAUCGAGCACCGGUUCUACGGGGAGUCGAAGCCGUUCGGGAACGACUCGUACAGGUCGGCCGAGACGCUGGGCUACCUCACGUCCACGCAGGCGCUGGCCGACUUCGCCGUCGUCAUCAGGGGCCUGAAGCGGGACCUCGGCGCCGAGGCCGCUCCCGUCGUCGUCUUCGGCGGCUCCUACGGCGGAAUGCUGGCUUCCUGGUUCAGGCUCAAGUACCCCCACGUCGCCAUUGGUGCCCUAGCUUCCUCCGCGCCGAUCCUGCAGUUCGACCACAUAACGCCGUGGAGCAGCUUCUACGACGCCGUCUCGCAGGACUUCAAGUCCGAGAGCUCCAACUGCUUCGGUGUCAUCAGGGCAGCCUGGGACGUCCUGGAUGAGAGGGGGGCCACAGACAAAGGGCUCCUGGACCUCAGCAAACUCUUCAGAGCCUGCAAGACUGUGAAGUACGCUUAUUCAAUCCGGAACUGGCUGUGGACAGCAUUCACCUACACUGCCAUGGUGGACUACCCGACCCCAGCCAACUUCCUGGAGAACCUGCCUGCCUACCCAGUCAAGGAGAUGUGCAAGACCAUCGACGCGUUCCCCGCGGGCGCAGACGUCCUGGAGAAGGCGUUCGCGGCGGCGAGCCUGUACUACAACUACACGGGAGACCAGGCCUGCAACAAGAUAGAGGACGGAGACGACCCGCACGGCCUCGAUGGCUGGCAAUGGCAGGCCUGCACAGAGAUGAUCAUGCCCAUGACGAUCUCCAACGAGAGCAUGUUCCCGCCGUCCGCCUUCAGCUACGACGACAGGUCCGACGAGUGUUUCCAGAGCUGGGGGGUUCGGCCGAGGCCGCACUGGAUCACCACUGAGUACGGUGGAUAUAAAAUCGAUAAGGUGCUCAAGAGGUUCGGCAGCAACAUCAUCUUCUCCAACGGAAUGCGAGACCCAUGGAGCCGUGGCGGGGUGCUCAAGAACAUCUCGUCCAGCAUCAUCGCCCUUGUUACAGAGAAAGGUGCCCAUCAUUUAGACUUGAGGUCUUCAACGAAGGGUGAUCCAGACUGGCUCAUAGAACAGAGGAGGCAAGAGGUUGAGAUCAUUCAGGGAUGGAUUGAUCAGUAUCAUCAGGACAUGGCGGAAACAUCUUCCUGAAGACAGGGCAAGUCAGUAUUCUUCUUCUUACACAUGGUGGAAACAGGGCGUGUAUCAUCAGGACAUGGCGGAAACAUCUUCAUGAAAACAGGACACCUUCCUGUUACGGUCAUGUUUGGAUCCAUGGAAAAAAAUAAAGGACAAAAAAUCAAUAAUUUACACACU